AUGUGGCGUGAAGACAUGAGCAGUUCAGAAGAAGUUUCGUGGAUUUCUUGGUUUUGUGGUUUACGCGGAAACGAGUUUUUCUGUGAAGUAGAUGAAGAUUAUAUCCAGGACAAGUUUAAUCUCACCGGUUUAAAUGAGCAGGUGCCACAUUACCGUCAAGCACUGGAUGUCAUACUCGAUUUGGAGCCCGAUGAUGAACUUUUCGAUGACAAUCCGUCUAUCCAGUCUGAUUUGGUCGAACAGGCAGCAGAAAUGCUGUAUGGAUUGAUACAUGCGCGAUACAUACUGACUAACAGAGGCAUCGCACAGAUGAUUGAAAAGUGGCAGAAUGGUGACUUCAGCUUUUGCCCGCGGGUCUACUGUGAAAAUCAGACUCUUCUUCCCGUGGGCGUUUCUGAUGUUCCGGGUGAAGAAAUGGUGAAACUUUAUUGUCCGAGAUGUAUGGAUCUGUUCACGCCAAAGUCAUCAAAACAUCAUCGCACUGACGGCGCUUAUUUUGGAACUGGCUUCCCUCAUAUGCUGUUUAUGGUUCAUCCUGAAAUGAGGCCGAAGGCUCCGGCAAAUCAGUUUGUUCCAAGAUUGUAUGGGUUCAAAAUCCACCCCACCGCCUACCAGCUGCAAUACCAGGCUGCUCAGAACUGCAAACAGCCAAUUCGCGCAGUAAACGCAUAUUCUCCUGCUAAAGUUGGUUCGCACUGA